AUGAAUCAUUCAAGGUCAAACUAUGAGAUCCGGACAGGCAGUACACACUCCGGUUCUAGCUCUCACCAACAACAGUCGGCACCAUAUGUCACUCAGCCGCCAUAUGUGCCGCAAACUCACUACUUUCUGCCACCUCCUCCUUUUGGAGGUCAGAUGGCUAAGAAUUUCCAGCCUUUGGACUGGCAGUUACGGCUACUCCAACUGGGAGAACAGCCAACCGCCUUCUCCAAGGAAAUUUUACAAGCUGCCCAGCCGGCUAAAGUGAAAAAUGUGUUAAUAGGCGCCUACGAUGGCACUGCUAACCCAGAGGAUCAUCUUAUGGCCUUCACCAAUCUAAUGUACCUUCAAGGAUUGGACGAUGCCACAUGGUGUAGAUGUUUUCCUGCCACUCUGAAGGGAGUCGCCCAGCAGUGGUUUGGCAAUCUGUCGGCCGGCUGUGUCAACAACUUCAGAACACUGGCCUAUUUGUUUGCAUCAAACUUUUCUAUGAACAUACCUUCCAGGAAGACGACUCUUGAUCUAGGAGCCGUCCAGCAGGGAGAAAAGGAGGGAUUACGCUCCUACAUAAAGAGAUUCAAUCUGAUGAGGAUACAAAUACCCAACUUGCCGAAUGAAGUAGCCUAUACCGACUUCUUCAAGGGAUUGAAGGACGGGUCGAACUUCAAGUUCGACUUAGUCAGAAAAAGAGUAGCUACUCUUCAAGAGGCAAUGAUGGAGGCCGAGACCUACAUACAGGCAGUCGACCUCUAUCACAUGGGAAAGCAAGGGGACCAGAAAAGGUCCGAGAAAAAGGAGAGUCGCUCACAGAAAGCGGCCCCCAAGGAAGAUAAGAAGAGAAAAGAUGUUUGGAUGGCCGACUCCACUGGUCAGCCGUCCAGUAAGAAAAGAAAAGAGUUCACUCCCUAUUCUCCCAAGUAUGAGUUCAACAAAGAUAAUCAUGCUAUUUUCAAAGAAGUUAAGGGCCGACUCUCACUUGAGAAGCCGGCACCUAUGAAGGGUGAUCCUAGCAAGCGCAACCAAGGCAAACACUGCCAUUUUCAUGAUGACGUUGGGCAUGAGACCAACGAAUGCAUUAGUCUCAAGCGUCUGCUGGAUCAGUUGGCUGAAAAAGGCGAUCUGGAAUCUUAUGUCAAGAAUCCUAAAGAAAAACGGCCCCCCAAUCAGAAUCAGUCGGCCAGGCAAAAAAGACAGAAGUCGGCUGACAGCUCUAACACUGAUGAAGCUACCAUCUAUACAAUAGCAGGCGGCUAUGCAGGGGGAGGCUCGACUGUUCGGGGAAACAAGGAUAGCAUCAGGCAGUUAGAUGUUAAGUCUGUUAAUCGGGGUGAGACCUCUGGUACCUUGUUUCUUGAGGUUAUUAUUUCUGAGAAAGAUUCUGGUGGUGUCCGACGGCCGCAUGACGACCCAAUUGUCAUUGAGUGCAAAGUGGCCAACCAAAGAGUCGACAGAAUUCUUAUUGAUAUAGGGAGUUUGUCGGACCUCAUCAGCCAUAAGUGCUUAACCAAGCUCAAGUACAGGCCUGAGAGCAUACAGCCUGUCUCCCAUCCUCUCGUAGGAUUUGGAGGGGGAGUCGUCCAUCCGAUUGGUCAAGUUGACUUGCCCGUCCGUCUGGGUGAGAGAGGUGAGGGCCGCCACAUGGUCAUUCGUUUUCUGGUUGUGGAAUAA